AUGCGUAUCUUCAUUCAUCAUGUCAAUACAUAUUCGGGCUUGGCGCUCACGCGCACAUUGCGGCGGAUGGACAAUGUUUUAAAUCGUCUCUUCGGCACUGCUAAAGGGAUAGAAGAAAGCGAAAGUAUUGCAGCUGAAGAGGAGCACGAUGAGAAACGAGUGCCUGUCCCCUCGUGCAUUAGGCGGUUAGUGUCUAAGAGGAAUCCCCAGCAGCUACUACAGAACCUCCUCACGUGCAGUCUGGCUGUGUUCGACCUGCACAAUACAGACCCCGACGAAGUCGAAUUCAUAUUCAAAAAGCUCAGAGCGGCACAGAUAGAGCAUCCUCUGACCGUCAUUUUAAUUUCGUCUCUUCUAACGUGGGGCAAUACUCGACGGCAGUAUCAAUCAGAUUCCCCAAAACUUGGUGAAUCCUAUGACGGGGAAGUUGUCGAGGAGAGUCCCACAGAUGCACAGAGGAACAGUUCCCACGCAGAUUCCAAAAGCCCUGUUGAAGCAGAGCGUGACACAAACUCAUCUUUCACAGUGUUAAAUGCCGAUGAAAACUCUGGAAACAAUCAGAGAAAGUUGAAACCUAGGAUCUUCUCAGGGGAUAAUUUUGAGCUGCGCGUGCCUCCUAAGGCGUACGAGCGCUGGAAAAUGGUGGAAACUCUGCUAAUGUCCCUUAACUCAAAAGAAAAUUUUAGAGGAAUCGUCAUUUCCUGUGGAAUGAUGUAUGGAUACGGAGAAGAAACGCUGUAUGAUCCAUUCAGAGCUGCGUGGCUUGGGCUACAAACCCACAAAGUUAUUGGCAGUGGAAACAAUUUUAUUCCAUCCGUUCACGUACAGGAUGUGUGUACUCUUGCAAAGACUUUGGCUUUAGAUGCUUCUAAGGGACUAGGCGUUUACCACAUAGCUGUAGACAAAGCCUUUGUAACUCAAAAAGAAAUCCUUGAAGCCAUAGUAGCCGAGCUUGGAACUCCUUUCAAAAUCCCUGAUAUAACUGAAGAGGAAGCUGCUCUGCUGGAAAAUACGGAUAUACUCUUACAAGAUCUCCGUUUCGAGUGUUCACCCCUGAUGGCCGCUGACAGCUUCCCUUGGCACGCACGCGAUGGAUUUGUCCGCUCAAUUAAACAAGUGGCUGCUGAGUUCUGCACAUGCAGGGGGCUCAGGCAACUGAAGAUCCUCGUAACAGGGCCCCCGGGAAGCGGCAAGACUUCCAUGAGCCAGCGGAUAGCUGAGUAUUACAAUAUCUGCCUCGUGAAGACAGCCGAAGUUGUUGAGGCAGCACGAGUGGGAGAUGCAAAUUUGCAGAACAGCCGGCAAGGAACGUCAGUGCCUGCUGAAGAGACUAAGAAAAAAGGAAAGCGAGUCGUUUCUCGAAGACCCAGAUAUGAUGCAGAGACGAUGGCGAAAAUAUUUCAAGCAAAGCUUUCACAGAAUAUUUGCAGGUACAGAGGAUUUGUUCUGGAUGGCUACCCAAAGUGCUAUGAUGAGUGCAAAGCUCUGUUUCUAAAGUCCAGCCCUCCAACAGAAGCAUCUAAGUCUGAUGAAUCUGGAGAGGAAGAGGUGGAUGACACAGCUCAUGACGCUCUUGAACGUGUUGCAAAACCUGAAUACGAUACUUCAGUGGCCCCAGAUUUUGUUAUCUCUCUCGGUGCUUCAAUAGAGACGUGCGAGAAACGACUCAUGAACUUACCCCCUUCCGCUGUCGUUGCAACGCAUAAUGAUCGAGAGGGAUAUCGCAGAAGGCUACAGCUCUAUCAGCAACAGAACGAGUCAUUAGAAGGACGGCCAAAAGUAACAGAUUUUUUUCAGGAACGUGGCGUUGAGAUCAUGACACUACCGACUGAUGGAAAAGAUAUCGAUGACCUGUUCAGCUCAACUGUGAUAUAUAUCGCUCGCUUCGGCCAAAUUCGGAACUUCCUUUUAGAACCCAGCGAUUGGCUGAAACAGCAAGAGCAGGCGCUGAUGGAAAAGGAAGCUAACGAAGAGCAACGCCGACAGGAUCAAGAGAGGCUUGAGAAACAAGAAGAAGAACAACGGCUUGAAAAACAGAGAGAACGGGAUAUUGCAAGACUCCGCCGGAUAGCGGAGCACGAGCAGCAACUGCUGUUGAUACGCAGUAUUCCCCUUCGACGUUAUCUUAUGCAACACAUAAUACCUACCCUCUCAGAAGGGCUAUUAGAAGUGUGUCGGGUACUGCCAGAGGAUCCAGUGAGCUACCUAGCAGAAUUUUUGUUUGCAAGGGCCAGACAAAUGGAGUAA